CCGCGCCUCUCACCACUCUUCUCUUUCACCAGCAACUCCCACGACCCCGCCCACGACUUUUAUCGGCUUCAUCACCGCCCGCCUAUCCACACACAACAGCUCUACCCCACUUCAACCUCACAACCACCUAUACAUCACUCACAAUGUCCGACUCUGCCAAGCCCAAGACCGAGCAGGUCGUGAAGAUGACCUGCUCCGAUGGCGCCGACGUCGAGACUAAGCGCGACAUCGCCGAGCGCUCCAUCCUGAUCAAGAACUUGCUUGAGGACUUGGGCGGCGAACUGGAGGAGCGCAUCCCCAUCCCUAACGUCAACGAGCCCGUGAUGAAGAAGGUUCUCGAGUGGUGCGAGCAUCACCGCGCCGAUCCCGUCCCCACCCAGGACGACGACUCCGACUCGCGCAAGAAGUCGACCGACAUUGACGAGUGGGACCAGAAGUUCAUGCAGGUCGACCAGGAGAUGCUUUUUGAGAUCAUCCUUGCCGCCAACUACCUCGACAUCAAAGCUCUCCUCGACGUCGGCUGCAAGACCGUCGCCAACAUGAUCAAGGGCAAGUCCCCCGACGAGAUCCGCAAGACGUUCAACAUCCAGAACGACUUCACCCCCGAGGAGGAGGAGCAGAUCCGCCGCGAGAACGAGUGGGCCGAGGACCGCUAGAUGGAGCUUCGACUCCUCUCCCAUUAUCCGUACAUAUGGUGGUUAAUGACGGAGUCUACCCGAGUAAUUGGGGGCUUCGCUUGCGGCGUUUCGGGGUUUGCAUGGUCACGUCAUUCUGCGUUUCCAUAUGAUGCCAGGGGAUUUAUGGUUAUGGUCCCGUGAGCAGGAUUACCAUGGUUCGCACACGAGAUGCAUUCGUCUACGAAUCAUGUAGAAAAGAGUCGCUCAAUGAGAAAUUAGCCCGUUUCCAGAG